AUUGCUGUAGGCUCCACAUAGACUAGCCAGAUCCAGUCGGAACCGGUUCCUUUUUGCUGCUAUAUGUCGCAACAGUAGUUUACAGUGCAACGCAUUUAGACGACCAGCUUGGUAGCGGAGACCCUUGACGUAAGGGGAGUUGUAGAUUUCACUCCCGUAGUGACUUAAAGGUGAACCGCGGACAGGUGGUGAGGACUGUCUCUCUCUGUGGCUCUCUCUCUCUGAAGCGCGAGCAUGGCCUCCACGUUGCUGAGCCGGCAGCUGUGUCUCUCCCUGCAGCAGAACCUGCGCAUCGCAGCCCCAGGGUACCGAUAUGUCAGCAAAACCGCCACCAAGACGCUGGAGGAGUUUGAGUACGACGGCCCGUCGAUGAAGACCGAGGUCCCGGGCCCCCGCUCCAGGGAGCUGACGAAGCAGCUGGGUGAAAUCCAGAACGUUGGUGCCGUGCACUUCUUCUGCAACUACGAGGAGAGCCGCGGGAACUACCUGGUGGACGUGGACGGCAACCGCAUGCUGGACCUGUACACCCAGAUCUCGUCCAUCCCCAUCGGUUACAACCACCCAGCCCUCAUGAAAGUAAUGUCAAACCCAAACAACAUGAGUGCGUUUGUUAACCGGCCCGCCCUUGGGAUCCUGCCCCCAGAGAACUUUCCGGACAAGCUGGGAGAGAGCCUCCUUUCAGUGGCUCCGAGCGGAAUGAGUCGAGUCCAGACCAUGGCCUGCGGAUCCUGCUCCAACGAGAACGCCUACAAAGCCAUGUUCAUCUGGUACAGGAACAAGGAGAGGGGUCACAACGUACCCAGCCAGGAGGAGAUCAGCUCCUGUAUGAUCAACCAGUUACCUGGCUGCCCUGACCUCAGCAUCCUGUCCUUCAUGGGAGGGUUCCAUGGGAGAACUAUGGGCUGCCUGGCAACCACACACUCCAAGGCCAUUCACAAGCUGGAUGUGCCGUCCUUCGACUGGCCCAUCGCCCCCUUCCCCAAACUGCGCUACCCGCUUGAGGAGUUCACCCGGGAGAACGCCCAGGAGGAGUCUCGCUGCCUGGAGGAGGUGGAGGACCUCAUCGUCAAGUGGAGGCAGAAGGGCAAACCCGUGGCUGGCGUCGUGAUCGAGCCCAUCCAGGCCGAGGGAGGGGACAACCACGCCUCGGCGGAUUUCUUCCACAGGCUGAGGAACAUCGCCAGGAAGCACGGCUGCGCGUUCCACGUGGACGAGGUCCAGACGGGGGGCGGGUCCACGGGGAAGUUCUGGGCGCACGAGCACUGGGGAUUGGACGACCCGGCCGACAUCGUCUCCUUCAGCAAGAAGCUCCUGACCGGCGGCUACUUCCACAAAGACGAGUUGACGGCCGACAAGCCGUACAGGAUCUUUAACACGUGGAUGGGAGACCCCUCUAAGAACCUCUUCCUGGCCGAGGUGCUGAAUGUGAUUAAGAGGGAGAGGCUGCUGGAGGAGGUGACUCGCUCUGGGAAAGCUCUGCUGCAAGGCCUGCAUGAGCUCCAGGCUCAGUACCCUCACCUCCUGAGUGCCGCCAGAGGCACGGGCACCUUCUGCGCCGUCGACAUCUGUGACGACCCCACACGCAACGACCUCAUCUCCAAGGCCCGAAACAAGGGGAUGAUCCUGGGGGGAUGCGGGGAUCGCUCGAUCCGGUUCCGACCCGCGCUGGUCUUCAAGGAGUACCACGUCCACCUCUUCCUCAACAUGUUCAACGACAUCCUGGCCGAGUACAAGUAGGGGAAGAGGAGCGAAGCCACACCCUCUGAAGCACAAGGGUCCAAUCCAAGGAGAGAUUCACAAACGGCGCAUCGCAAAAUAAUAGAGUAAUGCCAGAGCCAGUCAGAUCCCCUUUUUCCUCCCUCACAACAGGUGAGGGGGGGUCAGACACACCUGGUUUUAGAAAUUCUGCGUAAUGCAUCUCCAUGGCAACCAGGGUCGUGACAGUACCUUGCUAACCCCUCCCCCCUUUCUGCCAGAAGCACAAUAAUGCCUUUUUUUUUUUCUUUUUUAGGAUUUUUUUGUUUUCAUUUAUCUUUUUGUGUGCACAAUUUUAAAUGAAACACAACGCAUUUCAUAAAUGAAUCAAUCCGAAUCUGAUGCAUGAAGACACUGGGAAAAGCAGUUGUAUGUGUGUUACAGGUGCUAAGAUGAAGUAAUACAUUCUGAGGACAAGCAUGUGGAGCGGGAGAAUGUUAUGUUUUGGGAGUGCGAGGUACAGAGGGGAGUGCAGGUUUCCAAAAAAAUCCCCACGUAAUGGUCCGGUAUCAUGUUUGAGUAUGGCAGGGUCUACGAGCAAGCUUGCCCUCGCUGCUGAAGGUCACGGAUGAAGAGAGGCGGUCUUUGUUUCAGUCGAAUUCUGUGCUCCCCCCGCCCUUAGGGUGACCGCAUUUCGGCUGAAAUGGAGCACAAGGUCAUUUUCGUUGGCGGACGGUCAACCCGAUCAGCUGUAACCCCCUGACCGCAAGCCUAGAUGGCAGCAGGAGCUUUGCGUGUGCAGUCCGUCCAUUUUGAGCCACAAAAAUACUCAAUGAGCAAAAAAAACAGAAUGACUAAUGCGUUAGUGAGAUUCCCACCGCUGUCUGUUUUCUGACCUCUCUUUUCUGGGCCAGGCCAGAGUGGUGGUCACUACCACCACUGUGUGUGGACAAACCCUCCUGUUUUUAUCAAUUACAGGAGCUGAAAGGGUUCACCCAGGACAUUGGUUUUUCAUUAGACGGAGAGAUACUAUGAUGUCUAUUGGCAAACGCUAGAGUAUAAUGCUGUUAGUCAAACAAAUUUUAUCCACUAAUGAAGAUGAAAAAGUUGAUUUUCACCUGCCCUGCUUAUUUAGCAAAGUCGGCUUCAAGAAGUUUUGUGUAUAAAAUUAAAUUAUUGUAAAUAGUCACUUUCAGGAUAAUUAUAAUUUUUUUAGUGUAUCUACUAUUAUGACUGUCCCCUCCAGUCAGAGAGAUGAGGAAGAAAAAUUAAUUUUAUUUCAUUUUUUUCCAAUAAGAGCUGUGGACUUUCACAUAUCCUAACAGAAGCUGCUAUCCAUUUUCCCCAAGAAGAGAUUUUAUUUUAUUUUUUAACGAGCUAUUUUUGUCACAGAGCCAACAUCUAGGCAAUACAAAGUCGCUGUAUCGCACCGAUUUUCAGAGCGAGGGCCUUUAUUGUGCUGGCCCAUUUUAUUGUAAUAUGACCUGGCUCCCAGAAAAGAAAAACAAUGUUUUGCUAAUUUUUUGUUUUGCAUUGGGUUGUUUUUGUCCCUUCCUGGAACAUGUCACCAUUUUCUCUGUGCUCAGGGGAAUGCCCCAUUUUACAUCUUUAAGGUGUGUGUAUGCGUGUGUGUGUGCGUGUGUAAAAUCCAGUAAAGUGUUGCUUGCUUAGAAAACUUGGUAUGAAUGUAUUGGGCAAAUAUUUUCUUAAAUCUUAAAUCUAAAGCACCAAUCAUGACUUGUUUUGCUUCUUACCAUGGUAGUUUUGGAUCAUUUAAACAAAGCUUUGACUGAAGUGCGUUAGCCUAGUUACAGAAAAUGUCUUGAUUUUAUGGCAAUAAACGCAACAGAGCAGAUAUCGACACCCCUGUUGUCGGGUCUUAACCCUAGCAACAUUACAGUACAGCCAAAAAAACCAACCUUAUACAUGCUCUGUACAUACGUAAAAAAAAUAUACAUUUGCUUCUAUAUAGCUGUGUUAAUUUAGCUUGCAGUAAAAGGUGCCAGGUGUAUUCAUUAACCUGUCGAUCCCAUGUAAUGCACAUGUGCUGUUGUAUAACGGUACUUUUUUCCAUGAAGCUGCCAGAUCCAUUGUAAACAUUGCUUGUUUUUCAAUGCCUCUCUAAAUGUUUUAAAUGUUGUGGACAGGAAGUACACGCCACAGAAUUUUUUGUUAGCCUAUCUCAGAUCUAGGGUGAUAGAGUCUGACAAUGUCUCAGACAUAAUGAAGUUAAAAUUAAAAUGUAUGUUAAGAACGUGCAAGUCAUUGCUGUAUAGAGACAUGUCUUAUCUGCAGCCUUGUUAAUGAGUUUAAAUAGGGAAGGAAAAACAUUGCUGUUUGUUGUUCUGUGAAGGAUUGCCAGUUAUUGAUGUAAUUAAUUCAGCUUGGUCUAACUUUGUUGUAAUUUUAAAACUCCGUAUUGAAAAUAAACCUUAAAAAACAUUUUGAUUAAUCCAA